AUGACCAGCCGCAGCUGCCACCUCUCGCCGGCAGCGGGUCCGCUGGAGGACGACAACCUGCUCUGCGAGAUCCUCCUCCGCCUCCCCCCGGAGCCGUCCUCCCUCCCGCGCGCCUCCCUCGUCUGCAAGCGCUGGCGCUGCCUCGUCUCCGACCCCCGCUUCUGCCGCCGCUUCCGCCGCCACCACCGCCGAAACCCUCCCCUCCUUGGCUUCUUCAACAGAGACAGCGACCUCUUCCCCUUCGUACCUACUCUUGAGCCCCCAAAUCGUGUCUCGCCUGGCCGCUUCUCCUUGCAGCGCCGCGAAGGCGACCGCUUCAUCUCCCUUGGAUGCCGCCAUGGCCUCGUGCUCAUCCACAACGUACGGCCGAACAAGGUCCUGGUGUGGGACCCCGUCACCGGCAAACAGCACCACCUUGCCAUCCCCCCUGAGCUUGUGAUACAUGCGGAGAACACAGCCAUCAAUGGGGCAGUGCUUCAUGCUGCCGGAGACAUCCAACAGUUUCAUGUGGUCUUGACAGUGGUGGACAACGUCGACAAGCAACACAAACGAGCGCUCGCCUGGCUUUACUCUUCCGAGACCAACUUAUGGGGUGAUCUUGUCUCAACACCGGUUCCAUUCAAGGUUUCCACCUCGGAUAUUUUGGGUGAUGAAGAUGAUGUCACCUUGGUGUUUACGGGAAAACCCGCUGUGAUGGUUAGGGAUUCUAUUUACUGGAUUCUUGCUGGGAAUUUUGUUGGAAUUCUUGAGUUUGAUUUGGAGAAGCAAAGCCUAGCUGUGAUACGGGUGCCAGCGCAUAUGCUUGAAAAUGGGUUUUACCAGUUCUGGAUUAUGCGGGCAGAGGGUGGUGGUCUUGGUUUACUGUUGCAGAAAGAUCAGAGCUUCCAGUUAUGGAAGAGGAAGUCUGAUUGUGAUGGUGUUGCUUCAUGGGUUCUUGGAAGAACUAUUGAACUGGACAAGCUACUUUCCCUGAAUGGAAAUGGCAGCCAAGUCAUACUAGGGUUCGCUGAGGAGAAUAAUGUGGUGUUUGUGUGGACACACGGUGUCCUCUUUAUGGUCAAUCUUGAGUCUUUGCAGUUCAAGAAACUUGGUGAAACCAGAACCCUUUCUCACUAUCAUCCAUUCGAAAGUGUCUACACUGCAGGUAAAACAGACAUUGGUGGUGGACAUGAUGGAGUUGAUCUUUCACAGCACAUAAGAUGA